CAGACGUCAACCCUCCGAUUCCCAAACAACUCCCUAGUCCCUUCCCCGAAGUCGCGCACGAACCGAACCGAAGUUUCCAGAAACCCCAGGAGUCUCUCGUCCCGUCCCUGACAGUUUCAUAAAGAUCAAAAGCCAAAGCAUGGCCGACGAAGCAAAAGCCAAGGGUAACGCCGCGUUCUCCGCCGGCGACUUCUCUGGCGCCGUGCGCCAUUUCUCGGAGGCCAUCGGUCUCGCUCCUACCAACCACGUUCUCUAUUCGAACCGAUCCGCCGCCUACGCUUCUCUCCACCAGUACUCCGAGGCGUUGUCCGACGCCAAGAAAACAGUGGAGCUCAAGCCAGACUGGUCCAAGGGAUACAGCCGGCUCGGCGCCGCUCACCUCGGCUUGGGCCUCCACAAGGAUGCCGUCGCUGCUUACAAGAAGGGCCUCGAGUAUGACCCCAAUAACGACGCCCUCAAAUCCGGCUUAGCCGACGCCCAAUCCGCCGCUUCACGUUCCCGAGCCGCUCCACCGCCGAACAACCUCUUCGGCGACGCCUUCUCUGGGUCCGAGAUGUGGGCCAAGCUCACUGCCGAUCCAAACACCAGGGCCUACCUUCAACAGCCUGAUUUCGUGAAGAUGAUGCAGGAGCUUCAGAAAAAUCCUAGCAAUCUUAACCUCUAUCUCCAAGAUCAGAGGGUUAUGCAAGCGCUGGGCGUUUUGCUGAACAUAAAUCUCCGGACAUCUACUUCGGAGGACAUGGAGAUGCCGGAGUCUUCGUCCUCUCCACCGCGGCCACCUCCGGAGAGGAGGAGGCCCGCGGAGGCCGAGCCGGCGAAGGAAGCUGAGCCGGAACCGGAGCCAAUGGAGCUAACAGAAGAGGAGAAGGACGCGAAGCAGAGGAAGGCGCAGGCGCAGACGGAAAAGGAAUUGGGCAAUGCGGCUUACAAGAAGAAGGAUUUCGAUACGGCAAUUGCGCAUUAUACUAAGGCGAUGGAGUUGGAUGACGAGGACGUUUCCUAUAUCACGAACCGGGCUGCUACUUAUUUGGAAAUGGGACAGUAUGAGGAAUGUAUUGAAGAUUGUGACAAGGCCAUUGAAAGGGGAAGAGAGCUUAGAUCAGACUUUAAGAUGAUAGCAAAAGCUUUAACUAGGAAGGGAACUGCCCUGAUGAAAAUGGCAAAAUGCUCAAAGGACUAUGAACCUGCUAUCGAGGCUUUCCAGAAAGCUCUUACAGAGCAUCGCAAUCCAGACACAUUGAAAAAACUAAAUGAAGCUGAAAAAGCGAAGAAAGAACUCGAGCAACAAGAGUACUUUGAUCCCAAAUUAGCUGACGAGGAACGUGAGAAAGGCAAUGAGUGCUUCAAGCAGCAGAAGUAUCCUGAGGCUAUUAAGCAUUACACAGAAUCCUUGAGAAGGAACCCCAAAGAUGCAAGGGCAUAUAGUAAUAGAGCUGCGUGCUACACGAAACUUGGGGCUUUGCCUGAGGGGUUGAAGGAUGCUGAGAAGUGCAUUGAGCUUGAUCCAACCUUUUCCAAGGGUUAUACUAGAAAAGGUGCGGUUCAGUUCUUCAUGAAAGAAUACGACAAAGCUUUAGAGACUUAUCAAGUGGGGCUGAAACAUGAUCCUAACAACCAGGAAUUGCUUGAUGGUGUGAGGAGAUGCAUGGAACAAAUUAACAAGGCUAGUCGAGGGGAUUUUACCCCAGACGAGUUGAAAGAGAGACAGGCCAAGGGAAUGCAGGAUCCCGAGAUUCAGAACAUCCUCCAAGACCCCGUUAUGAGACAGGUGUUGACAGAUUUUCAAGAAAAUCCUAAGGCUGCUCAGGAACACGCAAAGAACCCGAUGGUGAUGAGCAAGAUCCAGAAGUUGGUUAGUGCAGGAAUUGUCCAGAUGAAAUGAAUCUGAAACGGAUGAUAUAUCACAUGGAGAAAUAUCUUACGUAUCAUUCAACAUGUAUUUGUGUGAACUCAGUACAUUAUUUCAUGAAAAAUUGUCUUGAAUCGGAAAAAUUUUGAGAUGUUUUUCGCUUUAAAGUUUGGUGGAGGUCUUUAUUUAAA